CUAUAUUAAACAGUCCUAAAAAUCACUUUCCUCCCACCCAAAAAACAAUAUCUAUCUUCAGAAAAUAAAAUAAAAAAUAAAAAAUCUUCAAGAGUCUGCAUUUUUAUCUGAAAAAUGCAGAGGAGAUCCAAAAUGGGAUUCUUGAUGAGAAAUUUUCUAGUUUUAUUUUGUUGGAUUAUUUUAGCUGUAAAUGCAGAAGAAUACAUUACAUACAAAGAUCCAAACAAGCCCUUAAACAGAAGAAUCAAAGAUUUAAUGAAAAGAAUGACUUUGGAGGAAAAAAUUGGGCAAAUGAUACAAAUUGAUCGUACUGCUGCAACUCCAAAGGUUAUGAACAAGUACUACCUAGGGAGUGUGUUGAGUGGUGGAGGAAGUGUGCCUAAGAAAGAAGCAUCAGCAGAAGAUUGGAUUGAUAUGAUAAAUGGUUUUCAAAAAGGUUCAUUAUCAACUAGACUUGGUAUACCUAUGAUUUAUGGAAUUGAUGCUGUUCAUGGCAACAACAAUGUCUAUAAAGCUACAAUUUUUCCUCACAAUGUUGCUCUUGGAGUAAUAAGGGAUCCUCAAUUGGUCAAGAGGAUUGGAUCUGCAACUGCAUUAGAAGCUAGAGCAACUGGAAUUCCAUAUGUUUUUGCACCUUGUCUUGCGGUUUGCAGAGAUCCAAGAUGGGGCAGAUGUUUUGAGAGUUAUAGUGAAGAUCCAAAUAUUGUUAGGUCAAUGAGUGAAAUGGUACCUGGAUUACAAGGAGAUGUUCCUUCUAAUGGUAGAUUAGGAGUCCCUUUUGUUGCUAACAAGCAAAAGGUGGCUGCUUGUGCUAAGCAUUAUGUAGGAGAUGGUGGGACAGUAAAAGGAAUCAAUGAAAACAAUACAAUUAUUGAUAGACAUGGUUUGCUUAGUAUACAUAUGGCAGGUUACUAUAGUUCAAUCAUCAAAGGUGUUUCUACUGUUAUGGUUUCAUAUUCAAGUUGGAAUGGUCUCAGAAUGCAUGAAAAUAAAGAAAUGGUUACUGGUUUUCUUAAAGGCACACUUAGAUUCAGAGGGUUUGUUAUUUCAGAUUGGGCAGGAAUUGAUAAGCUUACUUAUCCUUGGCAUACAAACUAUACAUAUUCCAUUCUUGAAGGUGUCAAUUCUGGCAUUGACAUGGUUAUGUUGCCUUACAACUAUACAGAAUUCAUUGAUGGUUUAACAUAUUUAGUGAACAAUAACUUUGUUCAAAUGACUCGAAUCGAUGAUGCAGUCAAGAGAAUUCUCAGGGUGAAGUUCCAAAUGGGACUUUUUGAGAACCCUCUUGCUGAUUAUAGUUUGACGAAAUAUCUUGGAUGCCCAGAACAUAGAGAAUUGGCAAGAGAAGCAGUGAGAAGGUCACUUGUUUUAUUGAAAAAUGGAGCAAAUGCAGAUGAACCAGUUUUGCCACUUCCAAAAAAAGCAACAAAUAUAUUAGUUGCAGGAGCCCAUGCUAACAACAUGGGCUACCAAUGUGGUGGAUGGACCAUUACAUGGCAAGGACUUAGCGGAAACACAACAAUUGGUACAACAAUCCUCUCAGCCAUAGAGAACACAGUUGAUCCAGAAACAAAAGUUGUGUACAAGGAAAAUCCAGAUAGCGAAUUCGUCAAGUCCAACAACUUCUCCUACGCUAUAGUCGUGGUGGGAGAGACCCCAUACGCGGAAGGUUCUGGUGACACCCUAAACUUAACAAUCCCUGCGCCUGGUCCAGACAUCAUGACCACAGUUUGUGCCUCGGUGAAAUGUGUCGUUGUGCUUCUCACGGGGCGUCCAGUUGUGAUCCAACCAUACCUAGCUCAAAUGGAUGCAGUUGUAGCAGCUUGGUUACCAGGAACAGAAGGACAAGGUGUAGCUGAUGUCCUGUUUGGUGAUUAUGGUUUUACUGGAAAACUAGCAAGGACUUGGUUCAAGACUGUUGAUCAACUCCCUAUGAAUGUUGGUGAUUCACAUUAUGACCCUUUGUUCCCUUUUGGAUUUGGACUUACCACUGAACCUGUCAAGGCCUAAAACAACUGUUUUUUUUUUCUUUUUUCACACAAUCAAACAACAAGAGGUCCAAACAUACAACAACUAUUAUGUUACCAAUUUAUGAUAUGAGUUUAGUGCAAAGAUUGCAUAUGUAAAAGAGGCAAUGUUGUUAGAAACUUUGAUAAGUGGAGUAAUGGAAAUGGAACUCUUUUUGCUUUGUUA